GCAAAAACAUGUUUGGCAAGGCGCUAAAUUUAGUUCUCUCUCUCUCUCUCUCUCUCCAAUAACUGUUGCAGAGAUGGGCCAACAUUCCAUUAGCAAUUUACAAAGCUCACACACACCCAUUUCUCUCACUUACAAUUUACAAAGCUCAAAAGCUCUUCUUCUUUCAUUCAACAAAGACUACAAACCCACCGACACCUUAACCUCGCCGGAAAACACCCUCAUCCCCACCCAAUUCCGCCUCCUAAUCUCCACCACUACCCUAAAUCAAAACCCAAUUCAUAAUUCACUAGCUACAUAUAUAUAUACUUGCAUUGUAUAUACAAGAUCCAAAUGGGUUGCUGUGCAAGUACCAACCUCAAUCCUACUCCCCAACACCACCACCCCCAUUCCUCCGCCGUCAGAUUCGACUCUUCCCACCAUUCCAAGGAGGCGCCACCACCACCACCACCACCACCACCCGAAGAAGAGACUGUCAAGGAAGUCCUCUCCGAGACUCCGAUCCCGAAACCCAUGAUCCAAGAAGACGAUUACGAUACUAAUGUCGAUACGAAGACCCCAUUGAUGAUCACAGAAGUCGUAGUCUCUCAAUUCUCUCACAGCUUCAAUGACACCGUCACAACAGUGCCAGAGAACAGAUCGCCGGCGACGAUCCGGACGCGUAAGUCUCCCGCCAGGUCUUACCCAUCUCCGAACGGGCGGAGGACUAGUUCUCCGGCGGCGGCGGAGGGUGGUGGAGGACCGAGAAAGGGUCUGGGGAGGAGCUCGUCGGGUAGAAAACCCGGGAAUUCGCCGGGUCGGGCGUGGUCCGACUCGCCGGAGGAGACCCGGAAAGUGGAAGAGAAGAAGAAGACAACAGCACCACCGACAACAAAGGAGUCACUGGAAAACCCACUUGUGUCCCUGGAAUGUUUCAUCUUUCUUUAGAAACUUGUGGUAGAAAUUGUAAUUUCAAUCAACAUUGGAGGUCAUUUUUGGAAUCAUAUGGGAUGGUGUUUUUCUUUUUUCUUUUUAUUUUUAUUUUAUUUUAAACUAACUGUAAAUAAAUGCAAAAUGUAAAUUUGGAGAGAAGGAUUGUCUGGUUUUCGUUUCCAAAUUUUUACCCUAUUGCAAUUUAGUUUGUAACACUAUUUUAUUUUUUGUUGUAAAA